CUGGGGCUAUAAAUAAAUACCUAUUAACCUUUUUCAUCGAGACCUCUCUUAAACUCUCUCUAUACUUCCAUCAGAAUAGCAUAACAACGACUACACAAAUAGAAAACCUAGUUGUGCUAUUUCUUUGACACACAAAAAAUGGCAGCCAAAAGAUGUUUUGAUGAACACGAUUCGAGCUCCGAUAAACACAACGAAAAGAAAAGGAAACCUGGAUCACUUUUUGCUUCUUUGGUAAGAGAGGUGAUGACUCGAAAUUUCUUGCAGAACUUUAGCUCAACCUUGGAACCAAUGUUCCGGAGAGUGGUUCAGGAAGAGGUUGAACAUGGUUUAGGCCUUGCCACAAGAACCGUAGGUAGCUCGAGUUCACUAAGUACAAUCCAAGGAUCUGAAUCAUCAUGUCUCAAACUUAGCUUGAGCGCCAGACUUUCACUUCCUAUGUACACAGCUAGCAAAAUUGUAGACCUUGAAGGUAACCCUCUUCAAAUUAUUCUGUUAGAGACGAGAGGCGAUCGUACGAUACAAACCUCUCUUCCUUAUCCGGUGAAAGUGGAGAUUGUUGUGCUCGACGGAGACUUUCCUCAGGGAGAUGGAGAAACAUGGACUAGUGAAGAAUUCGAGGUGAAUAUUGUGAGGGCGCGAACUGGAAAGAGGCCAUUGCUUACCGGAGAAUCACAUGUCACCAUGAGGAACGGUACUGUUCCUCUUGGGGAAGUUGAAUUUACCGAUAACUCAAGCUGGGUCCGGAGCAGGAAGUUCAGGCUGGGUGCUAGAGUUGUGCAAAGGAGUGGCGGAGAAAUGAAAAUACAAGAAGCCAUCAGUGAAGCCUUUACUGUGAGGGAUCACCGUGGAGAAUUGUACAAGAAACAUCACCCUCCUAUGCUGGAAGAUGAAGUGUGGCGCCUAGAGAAGAUUGGGAAAGGCGGAUCAUACCACCAGAAGUUAGCAUCCGAGGGCAUCCUCACCGUUCAAGAUUUCUUGAAGCUCUACACUGUCGAACCAUCUAAGCUUCGAGCCAUUUUAGGCGGCAUGUCUGAGAAAAUGUGGGAAGUGACUAUAAAACAUGCAAGAAACUGUGAUUUGGGAAGAAAGCUAUAUGUAUAUGGUGGGCCUAAUUACACCAUGAUCUUGAAUCCUAUAUGUGAAGUUGUAAAGCUUGUGGUUGAUGGACAAACCUUCACUACUCACCAAUACCUUUCAAGCUUGAAUAGGGGUUAUGUAGAGGACAUGGUUAAAAGAGCAUAUGCAAAUUGGAACUCCUUGCAAGAAGUUGAUGGACAACUGAGUGAGACAGCUCUUCUGACCCGAGGUGACUUGGUGGAUCAAUUCCCAAACAAUGACCAGAUUAUUGCAACAUCCUUCCAGCACCAUGCUUUGUUUCCUGAUCAGCUGGCAACUUCUUCGGUGCAGCAAAAUGCACAAGCUCAAGGCAGUGGCUGGCUUGAAACUACUACUGGAUUUGUGUGUACUCCGGUGGAAUGCGGUCUCCCUUACACCUUUGACGACGCUCCGUCCGACGGUGAAUUGUCACCGGCCAUACCAUUUGCCCGUGGAACUUGAUACAACUUGCAUUGUGCACCAUAAUAAUGUAGAUAGGCCUAAUGUAACAAACUUUGUAAUUUUAGGCCGCCGCCCUGUAAUCCGUAGUGGCUUGGCACAGAAGUGGUGUAUUUUGUUUGAUUCAAUAUGUAGGAGAACAAGUGUGUAAAAGGAUGUGGAACAGGAUAAAGUUACUAGGUUUUUUUUGCUAUUUCGAGGGAAGUAUGUUGCAGGACUCGCGCAAAUGCGUGGUGUUUUGUUUUUUGUUGU